AUAGGUCAUGCAUAACACGUGGUAAACAAAGGAUGUCUCCAUUCAGUUGAGACGAACAUUACGGGCGAUGGUGUUGAAUGUACAUGCAGUGUACAGUGUUGUACCAUAAUAUAUUACUAGUAGGAGAGGAGAGACAGCGAUGGAGGGACGACUGCAUCUUGUGUGAUGGAGGAUACGAUAAGCAUUGUUGUAUUUUAGUACCUUGCUGACAGAGAGAGAGAGAAGAAAUGGUUAGAGUGAAGUUGGUCAAGUACCGUGUAUUGAAUGAGGAAGGAUGAGCUGCUGCCUGUGAAUCUAUCCAACCCCAAUUUUGAAACCUGUUGAGGAUGGAAAACAAACAUAUCAUGGAACAUGUAUAUAAUAACUACUCAUUAACUUUAAAUAUCCUGUUCAGAAACAUAAUUUGGAAAUAUUAAUUUACAUCAAUUCCAGUUAUUAUACAGUCUUGUAUAUCUCGAACUUAUCCCUCAGAAACCCCUCCAGAUUGCCUGAAAUAUAAUUCUUGAGAUUGGUGAAGAAAGGAAAAAAAGCACAACAAAAUUUUUUUAUUUUUUUUUAUAUCAUUUACAUACAGUUCUUGUUAUCACUCUUUUAAAAAUUUUACAAAUAUUGAGUGAAAUAUAUUGUCUCUUAUGAAUGACUGUUUUAAAUUGGAAAAUGAUGGAGAAUGAAGCAAAGAUUGUGUUUAGUGAUGUUAUUAGUGAGCAGGUUCUGAACAAAGACGAUCCAUCUGAAGAAAAUGAGGCUGAAGAGCAACCUCUACCACGUGACUUUGUUCUGAGAAAAGAGAAUCUGUCUGAGAGAAAUGAAACUAAAGAGAGACCCUUCCCCUAUGACUUUGCUCAGAACACAGGUAACCCAUCUGAGGGCAAUAAGACUGGAGAAAAACCUCUGCCUUAUGGCUUUAUUCCAAACAGAAAUUACUCAUCUGAGGGAAAUGAGGUUGAAGAAAAGCCUCUCUCCUAUGACCUUGUCUUAAGCAGAAGUAAUCCGGCUGAGGGAAAUGAGGUGGUUGAGGAAAAACCUCUCACUUAUGGUUUUGUUUCAAACACGAAAAAUUCAUCGGAAGGAAAUGAAACUGAGGGGCAACGUUCCCCACAUGACUUUGUUCUCUACACGGAUAACUCACCUGCAGGGAAUGAGUCAGAAGAGCAACCUGGUCCUCAUGACUUCGUUCUGAAUGAAGACGAUUCAUCUGAGGUGAAUGAGACUAAAGAAGAGCCUCUCGCCUCUGGUUUUGUUCCAAACACAAAUACUUCAACUGAAGGGAUUGAUACCGAAGAUAAUCCAUCUGGGAUUAAGUCAUCAUCUGAGGGGAGUCUGACUGAAGAAAAAGCUUUUCCUUAUGGUUUUGUUCUAAACACAGGUAACUCGUACGGGGUCAAGUCAUCUGAGCGGAGUGUGGCUGAAGAAAAAUCUCUCCCUUACAGCUUUGUCCUGAAUACAGGAAACCCAUCUGGAGUUAAAUCAUCUGAGGGGAACCUGACUGGAGAAAGAUCUCUCCCUUACAGCUUUGUUCUAAACACAGGUAACUCAUCUGGAGUCAAGUCAUCUGAAGGGGAUAUGAGUGAAAUGCGAUCUCUCCCUUACAGCUUUGUUCUAAAUGCAGAUAACCCAUCUGGGGUUAAGUCAUCUGAGGGGAGUGUGACUGAAGAAAGGUCUCUGCCCUACGGCUUUGUUCUGUACACGGGUCACUCAUCCAUGGGAAACGAGUCUAACAUGGCACCUCUUCCCUAUAGCUUUGUUCUGAACACAGACAUUUCAUCUGAGGGGAACGAGACCAAAGAGGGGACACUUACCUGUGACCCUUCAACUGGAGUGAAUAAAAUCGAAGGGAAACCUCUCCUAUGUGACUUUGUUAUGAACACGGCUAACCCGUCUGAAGAGAAUGAGAUGGACGAGAAACUUUUCCUUUGCGACUUCUGUGGCGAAUCCUUCGACGUUUACAUCAACCUUUCUGCGCACAAGCAGUUACACACAGGUGGUAGACCAUUCCAUUGCGAAAUUUGUGAUAAGAACUUUUCUACUUAUGAAAGCCUCUCUAGGCAUAUACGGAUACAUACAGGUAUAAGGCCGUAUGUUUGCGAGAUUUGCAGCAAAACCUUUUCUGAAAGUAGUCACCUUUAUAAGCACCAUCUCGUACACACAGGUGAGAAACCUUACCAUUGUGAAAUUUGUGGUAAAGCAUUUUCUCAAAGCGGCACCUUGUGUCGCCAUCGGCUGAUUCAUACAGGUGAGAAACCGUAUCGCUGUGAAACUUGCGGUAAAUCAUUCUCUCGGAACAGUCAUUUGUCAACCCACAGAUGGAUACAUACGGGAGAUAAACCAUUUUAUUGUGAAACGUGUGGGAAAUCUUUCUCGACAAACUCGGCAUUGUUGGCCCACAAAAGAACUCACACGGGAGAAAAGCCCUUCCGUUGCGAAACAUGCGACAAAACUUUUUCAACUAAUUUUGCAUUAUCGUUGCAUAUACGGGUUCACACGGGCGAGAGGCCGUAUCACUGCGAAAUUUGCGACAAAUCAUUUUCCACAAACUCUACAUUAUCUUCUCAUCGUCGGACACACACCGGGGAAAAGCCAUACCAUUGCGAGACGUGCGGUAAAUCUUUCUCGACGAGCUUCGCAUUGUCUUUGCACCGUCGAGUUCACACGGGGGAAAGACCUUACCGUUGUGACCUCUGUUCUAAAACAUUCUCCACCAAUUCUACCUUGUCUUCACAUAAACGAACGCACACAGGUGAAAAACCUUUCCACUGCGACAUCUGUGGUCAUUCCUUUGGUCAGAAAUACACGUUAUCCGUUCACAAACAAAUCCACAACAGAGAAAACAACAACAGUAAUAGCAAUAACAAUAAUGAUAAUAAUAAUAGUAAUAAUAAUAAUAACAAUAAUAAUAAUAAUAAUAAUAAUAAUGAUAAUGAUAAUAGUAAUGAUAAUAAUAAUGAUAAUAAUACUAAUAAUAAUAAUAAUAAUUUCUGUCAAAUUGUACAAACAAAUGAAUAAACCACGGGAAUAUCAUUUAUAUGGACAGGGAGGCAUUUCAGUGAAUCACUUCAUAAAUUCCAAAAUACUUACACAGAAAGGUUUGUGUAAGUAUGUGUAUAUGAUAUACACUCACACAGACAAAGUAAAAAAA